AUCCGUGCAUCCAUCCGCGCAUCCAUCCGUGCGGGGCGGUCGCUGGGUUUCCGCGGUGCCCAUGCUACUGAGCGGAGCUCCUGCGCCGGGCCCGGGCUCGGGCUCGGGGGACGGCGGGGCCCGGCGGGGCGGCGGGGGGAGCGGCGGCGGCGGCGGCGUGGCCCGCUGGCUCCGGGAGCACCUGGGCUUCCGCGGGGGCGGCGGCGGCGGCGGGGGGGGCGCCGUCAAAGCGGGCCCGCCCCCCCCCGCGCCCCCGGACCCCGACUACCGCCCGCCGCCGCCCCCGGACAUCCUGGCCGCCUACCGCCUGCAGCGCGACCGCGACUUCGAGGACCCCUACGGGGGGGGCUCCUCCUCCUCGUCCGCCGCCGCCGCCCCCCCCGGCCCCGCGCCCCCGCCGCGCCACGGCUCCCCCCCGCACCGCCUCAUCCGCGUCGAGACCCCCGGGCCCCCCGCGCCCCCCGCGCCCGAGGACCGGACGCACGCCGACAGGCUGGCGAUCGUAGAAGACUACGCGGACCCGUUUGAUGCCCACGGUGGGGGCGGAGGGGCGGGGAAGCCGGCGGACAGCCCCCCCGAGCAGGUGCCCGAGAACGAUGGCUACAUGGAGCCCUACGAGGCUCAGAAGAUGAUGGCUGAGAUCCGGGGCUCCAAGGAACGCCCCCCCCAGCUGCUGCCCCUGUACGAUACGCCCUACGAGCCCGGGGAGGACGGCCUCAGUCCUGAGGGCGAGAGCGGGGGAAGGACCCUGGAGCCUCGCCUCCCAGCUGGCGACGAACGGCCCCCGGAGGAGUACGACCAGCCAUGGGAGUGGAAGAAGGAGAGGAUCUCCAAGGCCUUCGCAGUUGACAUUAAGGUCAUCAAAGACCUGCCGUGGCCGCCACCCGUGGGACAGCUGGCCAGCAGCCCCUCCCCCGGGGACGGGGACACCUCCGCUCCGGCCUCGCCCCCCCCUCCAGCUCAACCCCAGCCCGGCUUAGAAGAGCGCAGCGCCCAGUUCGAGGCGUUGGACAAAGGUUUCCUGUCUCCCGGGCGGGAAGAGAAGGGGCGCCCUGUGGCCAGGCUGGCAAAACCUGGAAUCGGUGACCCCACCAGCCCCCUGGGGGAGUGGACGGAUCCAGCUUUGCCACUGGAAAACCAGGUCUGGUACCACGGAGCCAUCAGCCGCACGGAUGCCGAGGCCCUGCUGAGGUUGUGCAAGGAGGCCAGCUACCUGGUGCGAAACAGUGAGACGAGCAAAAAUGACUUCUCCCUCUCCCUCAAGAGCAGCCAAGGGUUCAUGCACAUGAAACUGUCACGCACCAAAGAACACAAGUACGUGCUGGGCCAGCACAGCCCGCCCUUCGCCAGCGUGCCCGAGAUCGUGCACCACUACGCCAGCCGCAAGCUGCCCAUCAAGGGGGCGGAGCACAUGUCGCUGCUCUACCCGGUCGCCAUCCGGACUCUGUAGGCCAUGAGCCCGCUCCCCGUCACUCCCUUGUCCCCCAGGCCCGGACGAGGGCUGGGACUUGUGUUAAUUUAUUCUAAAGGGGAGCAGGCCGAAACGGCGCGGGGAUGGUCCGCUGGUCCUCGCCCGGAUGCCGGUCCACCACCCUUGCUGCCGGGCAGUGACCUGCCUCCAGGCACGGCUAGCCAGGGCUUGGUCGGCGGCGGCAGCAGCAGUGUCCCAGUGACAAUGCCGCGGACCUCGGCUUCCCCGGCCUGACUCACUUUGCCUCGCUCCCCACCUCUCUGUACCCGGGGAAGAGGGGGCGGGGACCAGACGGGCUAUAAACCACCGUUUCCAAGCAGA